CCACCAAGUUUUUGGUCUCUUCCAAAAGUACGAAUCCUUCGUCACCUUGGCAGCUUUACCUCUUGCCUCCUGAAGUAGGACCUCAUUCAUAUGCAGGUGAUCAGGGAUCUUGUCGAACAAUAUGACUUUGUGGGGUUGACGCAAUCUUGCUUGUGGCAUCUUUGAGUACAAGGCAGCCCUAUCAUUUGCGAGUUAGGAUCGCCGACUACCUAGACACUGGCGUUAUACUACGUCCUAUAGCACAAGGCUGUCCGCUAUUGGUAAGCACCCGUCUUUUUGUAGUGUCGUUUUGAUCUUCCGCUCUAACUCAUUAGACUACGAUCUGGAGCGGGGCGAGUCGGGUAUCCUGCUCAUUCUUCCUCUUAUUUUCGCCGUCUGCUAAUAUCUCCGUUGCUGUAGCUGGGUUGCGAAGAUAUUGUUUUACCUACUCCGAUGGCAGCUCUAGUGGAAUAUUGACUACCAAGUCUGUCGUCUUGUUUUCCCGCUUAGGUUCAAUGCUGUGAGCGGGCCUCACAAAGUGUUUCCUCGCAUGCUUGCCGAACUCACUUUGUUUUGCAUGGAUCAUUGCCAGGGGACUUGGUUCUGGCCUCGAUUACUGUCGCCUACCUGUGAGAACGAUGCAUGAGACGGGCUGGGUUCGGCUCAGCCAGCCACACUCUUGCGUACUCUCGGUCUAUCAAUCCUAACGUUGGCGAACAGCCCGUAAAACCCAGCAAGCUUUAUUUGAAAGUGUGGUUAGUGUUAAUCAUCACAAUAAGGCAAAUGUGCUGCAUCCCUAUUAUCCUCGAUGGAAUCUCAUCACACAUGAGGCGCACCUGAAUGAACGUCAACUCGCAGGGAUAGGUUUUUCCUGGGACGGAACACGUACACCCGAGUGGUACGUGCAUUCAUUAAUGUAAGUUAUUACGAGGGGCUCAUAUGAAUCUCUUAUGGUGUGUAAGAUGUAAGUACAUGUGGAAUUUCAUCCCACUUUCUUGCUGAGCAACACUCGUUGUGUGGAGAGCAAUGUUGGUCCGAUGACAGUUGCGGCUGCAUGAAUAAUUGACUUAAAGGGGGAUGGCAAAAGCCCCAGCAAGCGGAGGAGAGGAGGGUUAGCUUGUUCAUGCCUCUGCAAUUGUAACCAUUUGAGGGACAAAUGAGAAAAAUGCAAAGAAGGGACUCAGAGGAUAGGAGUAAUCAAGAACUUCCAUUCUGAGUUUUGGGGUCUUUAUUUGUGAUCUUCUCCUCUGAGAUCGUGUAUGGAUGCUGUCGUGGGCCCAUAGGAGUUGUCAUACUGCAUUUGUGCGGAGGAUUAGGUAUAGUUUUGAGUUUAAGCCCCGUAAUGUUGGGUUCUAAGAUAUGCACGGUUGGCAUCAUGCACAAGAUAGGUAAUCCGAGCUCUUUCUACUGGCUGGGAUACGGGGACUUUGGGUCCACUGUUUCAUCCGCGAACCGAGCGAAGUCCCAGUACGGAGGUGCCAUUGAUCGGCUU